AGCGCUUCCGACACGGGAACGUUCUCUGGUGGCACAGCGAGUAGGGGAUCCGAGAGUAGCAGCGCUCCUCACAGUGUACUUCGGACUCGCAGUCAGUACUCUAAUUGAUUGGCAAUACAUGGGAUUCUGGGCAAUCUUGGUGCCUAACGGAGUUCGGGCAUGGUAACAUUGUUUUCCAUGGCCCUUUUGCUCGCUAAUUGGCCGUACUGUCCAAUUUAGAAACAUUGUGUCCGGUUGGAAGGUAAUGCUUGUGGAGUUAACGGGAUCAGAUAUGAAGAAAAACGUCUUUUGAUUGGAACUUUGAUGUGUUUUGUGCUUGAAUUCAUAAUUGGAGAGUUAUCAGGAUAUUUUUCAUUCGGGAGUAACUGGAUAUAGACUGAAUUGCAAAACUCGCAAUACAUCAAAGAAGUAGCUAUGAAAACUAAAGGAAUCAUUAUUUCUUUAAGAACUUGUGAGAAAAUUGAGAGGCGAUUGUAGUUUGGUAUUAUUUCGUUUCAAAUGUCACAAACAAGCUGAAAGUAUAGCAAGACUGAUAUAUUAGUUUUUUUCAUUACCUUGCGAGUGUGAUAAAAUACCUAAACAAAUGAAUUAAUAUAAUUGAAAAAAAUUCAAUUCCAGUUAUUCACAAUCUUAAAGUAAACUGUUAAUGAAAGUAAUUUAACAUUUUAUAAUAAUGAAAUUUAAAAGUCACCUUAAAUUUCUCAGGUAAAAUGACGACCAAACCGUACGAAUUGGAACGUAUAUUCCAUUAAUACAACUGAAACGGCACAAAAGCAUAUUCUCCAGAGAGAAGACAGGCUUCAUAUAUUUUUUACUCGUGGUAACAAAACGUGAUUUGUGUGUGAAUUCCCUGGGAAAUAUUGUUUUUAUGUGUGGUCAGAUAGUGGAUCUAUACAAACAAACGUGGAGGCACUACACGAACCAGUCACUCUCUUCAAACAUUACUCCCUUCUCGAAAACUAAACAGUGGUUGUAACAGAGCUCAGUCUCUCCCCGGAGAAGCUGCAGUGUAUGUGCGUGACUAAAUAGUGUUGAGAGUACUGAUCCAGUGUGACCACUUACCUACACAGGUGAGUUGCCGACUGGUUGUGAUUCGGCUUCAACAAGCUUUAAACGAACAGAGGAUUAAAUCAGAGAGACUGCGACGAUUGUCAACAGCAGAUGUGGAAGCAUCUUCACAAUGAGAGGAAGAGGUCCCGUUCUCCUGGAUGAACGAAGGGUAAUCACCCGUUAUUGGAGUUUGCUCUACCUGGCCCUUGAGGGAAUUGCUUGUAUGUCAACAUUCCGGGGAAUGAGCACAACGUGUGUUACCUGUGAUAAUGCUAUAAGUAGACAUUGACACGGUGUGAGAAGUACAUACAGCGGGGGAUAUGUAUUAAUCGAUAUAUAUCGAUAAAUUAUUGAGACAACAGGUUGCUUGUCCGUUUUUUAAUUAUUUUUACGGUUGAAGGCUGACACAAUAUUGCUAUGGAAUUCAUUGACUCGAUAUUCGAUGUGAUGGGAUGCUGGUACAAUGGGGUGAUGUGACGAGGUUUACAAGUGGUAAAAAGGAAAGUGUUCAUGUGUAUGCUUAAUGGUGACGAAGUCCGCCAUCAAGAAGAGUUUUGUAGAGGAUGAAAAACCGAUGACCCACCUGUGACACUGAGAGGGUUGUGAUGGUGCUGAAUGCAACAGUCAUGGCGAUGUUGGUACUGCUGUUUCUGGUUGGGGCUUCAAGUUCGGAUCCUCUUCCAAUCAAUGUUGCUGUCAUUAUCCCCCAGAAAGGCGACAGGCCCUUUUCACGCCACAAAGUAUCCCCGGUUCUAGAACUAGCGAAAAUCACCUUACAAAACAACGACGUUCUUGCCGACGUGAACAUUUCCAUGUACUACGGGGACUCAAAAUGUACGGCCAAGGACGCCCCUAUAGAGGCUUUCAACUUCUAUAUGAAGUCUCAGGUGAAUGUGUUCCUGGGACCGGUCUGUGACUACAGUCUGGCCCCAGUGGCUCGAUAUGCUCCCUUCUGGAAUCUACCCGUCAUCACCCCUGGGGGGUUCGCACAUGAUUUCGGGGUGGAGAAAAGGGCGGAGUACCCGACCCUCACCCGGACAGGAGUCACCUUCAACUCCCUGGCACUGUCCACUCUUUCUAUGAUCGCUGGAUACCAAUGGAAGCGGAUUAAAGUGAUUUACGAAACAAACGGCCAUUCGGACACUGCUCCGAAAUUCUGUUUUUUGGCUGCUUCGGCGUUUGUGUUUUACAGCAAAGCUAGACGAUUGGAUAACGAUUUCCACAUAUACCACCCCAAACUCCACAACAUCGAGUCUCUGUUGAAGGAUGAGAUCGGCAACGUGUUUUCAGUUAUCGUGCUGUGUGCAUCACCUGAUUCGGUCAGAAACAUCAUGAUAAAAGCCCAUGAGCUUAACUUCGACAACGGCGAAUAUGUCUUCUUCAACAUCGAUCUCUUCUCAAGCAAGAACCAGAGUUCCCGCCCCUGGUAUCGUGAAGACGACACGGAGGAGCGGAACGUCAAGGCGAAGAAGGCGUUUGAAGCCGUCAUGACGGUGACUCUCAGGAAACCAGACAGCCCUGAGUAUCACAACUUUUCCGAGGAGGUGAAAAGAAGAGCUAGCCUAAUGUACAAGAAUUUCACUUAUGGGGAGGAAGAGGUGAACAGUUUUGUGGGUGCGUUUCACGACGCGGUGAUAUUGUAUGCGCUAGCCCUCAACGAAACACUGGAAGCUAAUGGUUCCAUAUCUGACGGUGUGGCCAUCACUCGACGCAUGUGGAACAGGACAUUUGAAGGUAUCACCGGCACUGUCAGCAUCGACGACAACGGCGACAGGAACGCCGACUACUCCCUGCUCGACCUCAACCCCAAAACUGACCGCUUUGAGGUUGUAGCCAACUAUUAUGGAAGCAAAAAGCGGUACGAACCAGUUCCGGGUCGUUCCAUUCACUGGGCAGGGGGGAGACUCACGCCUCCACCGGACACCCCUGAGUGUGGCUUUGACGGGUCGAAAUGUCCCCCUGAAGAACCAUUCCCGGAGUAUGGUAUCGUCAUCAUCGUGCUUGGCUCCAUUCUCCUCAUCGUCCUGGUCGCUGUGUUCUUCAUCUACAGGCACAUCCGGUUGGAAGCGGAACUUGCUGAAAUGAACUGGAGAGUGAGGUGGGAGGAUAUCUUGUUUGGCUCUCCCGAGAAGAACAGGAAGCUGGAGCGCCAAGGAAGUCGUUUGAGCAUAAACAGAAAAUAUUCCUACGCCAGUUCCUGCUCCGUUGAUACGAUCGCCGUACACUUGAGUGACGUGGGCUGUAGACAGCUCUUCACCAAGACUGGAUAUUACAAGGGAGCGAUCAUCGCCGUGAAGAUGGUGGAAAGAACGAGUAUCGGUAUCAGCAAGCCUCUACUACUGGAGAUUAAGAGGAUCAAGGACUUGCAGAAUGAUCAUAUUGUCAGAUUUGUUGGAAUCUGCAUUGACGUGCCGAACCAGUGCAUAUUGUCCGAGUACUGUCCGAAGGGGAGUCUGCAGGACGUCCUCGAGAAUGACGAGAUCAAGCUGGACUGGAUGUUCCGGUAUUCUAUUAUGCAGGACAUCGUUAGGGGCCUGGCCUACCUCCACAGUAGCGAGGUCAAGAGCCAUGGCAACUUAAAGAGCACCAACUGCGUGGUGGACAGCAGGUUCGUGGUCAAGGUCACCGACUUCGGCCUUCACUAUUUCCGUCAUGUCGAGGUGGCCGAGGAGGACAAUAAAUACCAGUUUUAUAACAGUAAGCUAUGGACGGCGCCCGAGCUACUGCGCAUGAUGUGCCGACCACCGGAAGGAAGUCAGAAGGCGGACAUAUACAGCUUCGCCAUCAUUUGUCAGGAGAUCGUGUAUAGAAGUGGGGUGUUUCAUCUGCGGGGCUUAGACCUCUCACCUCAAGAGAUUCAUGAUAAGGUUAAGAAGGGUAGUCGCCCCUUGUUCCGGCCGACACUGGAGGAUUAUGACUGUCCCUGUGACGAACUUGCUGACGUCAUCAGACGUUGUUGGUCAGAUGACCCUGCUGAGAGGCCUGAUGUCACAGCGCUGAAGUCGAUCAUCAGGAAGCUGAAUAGGGAUGGAGACAAGGGCAACAUCCUUGACAACCUGCUGUCCCGGAUGGAGCAGUACGCCAACAACCUGGAGGCCCUGGUGGAGGAGAGGACAGCCGACUACCUCGAGCAGAAGAAGAAGGCGGAGGACCUGCUGUACAUGAUGCUGCCCAAGUCAGUCGCGGGUCAGCUGAUCAGGGGCGAGGUGGUCAAGGCGGAAAACUACGAUGAAGUGACCAUCUACUUCAGCGACAUCUGUGGCUUCACGGCGUUGUCGUCGGAGAGCACGCCGAUGCAGGUGAUAGAUUUGCUGAAUGACCUCUAUACAACGUUUGACUCGAUCAUCGAACAUUUCGAUGUUUAUAAGGUUGAGACGAUAGGCGACGCCUACAUGGUGGUGUCAGGAUUACCUGGACGAAACGGGAAACUGCACGCGCGGGAAAUAGCCCGGAUGUCGCUGUCUUUACUUAACGCUGUCCUGUCUUUCAAAAUCCGCCAUCGGCCGCAACAGCAGCUGAAACUACGGAUCGGAAUCCAUUCAGGGUCUGUGUGCGCGGGAGUUGUUGGGCACAAGAUGCCGAGGUACUGCUUGUUUGGCGACACCGUCAACACAGCGUCGAGGAUGGAGUCGAAUGGCCUGCCCCUACGGAUCCACGUCAGUCCUCAGACGAAAGAAGUGCUUGAUCGGUUCCAGACAUUUGACCUUGAACUUCGUGGUGCUGUUGAAAUGAAGGGCAAGGGGAGCGUGACAACGUACUGGUUGCUUGGGGAGCGGGAAGUGACGACAACCUGA